UUCACCUUCCUUUAUUUCUGUGCCCUUUCCUCGGUCUUGCUACCCCCUUAUUGAUUAACUCUUCUCCACUUUUCACUUCACUCCAUUUUCACCUUCUCUUCAACUAUUCUCCUUCAACAAACAAUCUAUUCAGACUAAUUAUAGAAGAAGGUAAUACAAUGAUGUCGAGUGGAUGUGGGAGUGGGCAAGUUUCUGUUCCACCAGGGUUUCGCUUUCAUCCAACUGAAGAAGAGCUCCUCUAUUAUUACUUGAAGAAAAAGGUUUCUUGUGAAGCUAUUGAUCUUGAUGUUAUUCGGGAGGUUGACCUUAAUAAGCUUGAACCAUGGGAUCUUAAAGAUAGAUGCAGGAUAGGAUCAGGACCUCAAAACGAGUGGUAUUUCUUCAGCCACAAGGACAAGAAGUAUCCAACAGGAACUCGGACUAACCGUGCUACUACAGCUGGAUUUUGGAAAGCAACAGGAAGAGACAAGGCAAUCUACCAUGGAAAUGCAAAGAGAAUUGGUAUGAGAAAAACCUUAGUGUUUUAUACUGGACGUGCUCCUCAUGGUCACAAGACUGAUUGGAUUAUGCAUGAAUAUAGACUCAACGAUGACCAUCCUCAACUUCAGCAAGAAGAUGGGUGGGUGAUUUGCCGAGUAUUCAAGAAGAAAAAUCACGGUAGAGGCUUACAAUCUGAACUACUCGAAGAAGACUGCGAAAAUUAUGGGGUCAAUCACCCCGCCUCAAGUCACAUGAUGAAGCCUAGUAGCAAUAUGACCACCUCAAGUACUACAUUAUUGCCACCAAGGCAAAAUGGUUACAACAUCCAACCAUCUAUGUUUCCUAAUAACUACACUGAUUACACUCUCGAAAGCACUAUGCAUCUCCCUCAAUUGUCUUGCCCUGACUCGGUCUCACCCAAUGGUGGCGCGCUCUUUACUACCAUGGAUAAUGUACUUAGAUUAAGUACGUUAUCAUCUGGGGGAAUAUUGAGUGCUCAGCACUUGUUGGCGGCAGGGGUCACAGAGCGAUUAGCAACCGGCGGCGAGUGGGGUUUUUUGGACAAGCUUCUUGCUAAUUAUCAGAGUUUGGAACAGCAGCAGCAGUUGCAGCAGAGGGAAGCAUCACAUAACAAGAUGGUAGCUGCUAAUCAUGAUGUAGCUGGAAUGAGCUCAACUAAUGCUCUUCAACAUCCGCAUAAGUUUCCCUUUCAAUAUCUUGGUUCUGAAUUAGAUUUGUUAAAGUUUUCCAAGUAAUAGGAUUGCCUAACCUUAGCUUGAAACAAACAGGUCUUAUGACUUAUGUGCAGUUAGUAUGUGGAAUAUAUUGAUGCUAAGCAAUCAAAUAAGAACGAGAUAUGUUUUGCUUA